ACCUCUUUUCCCUUUGCACGGUACAGCGCCGCAUAUUGGAUCGACCAUGCAUCCAACGGGAAUGAGGAAGAUGAAAAUCUAAGUAGUAUGGCGAUGCAUUUUUUCCUUCAUACGAAGGGGCCAUAUUUUGACCAAAUCCACCAGGUAGCUGGGGGAAUGGAAGUUAUCCCUGCAGUCUAUUAUGCCUCGGCAGGAGGAUUGCAAUGCAUUACCCAAUCCCUAAUCAAGGAAGGGGUCGACGUAAAUCAAGAGGGGGGUAAAUAUGGAAAUGCCCUCCAAGCCGCUUCUUUGCAGGGCCAUGUCCGGAUAGUGCGACUGUUGUUAGGAAGCGGAGCAAAUGUGAACGCGUUCAAUGGGGCGCAUGGCUACGCGCUGCAUGCAGCUUGUCUAUCAGGGAAUUUGGAAAUACUGCAUUUGCUGCUCGACAAUGGAGCAGAUCCAGAUACACAAAAUGCUCUUCAUGCAGCAUUAGAAGGCGGGCAUGAACACAUUGCCAGGUUCCUCCUCGACCUAAACGUUGAUGCAAAUAACCCAGGUGCACGUUGGGACUCUGUCCCGGGCGAUUCUCCCUUAUAUAUUGCCUCCAAGAAGGGCCAAGAGGCUGUUGUACGCAUGCUAUUAGAGCGUGAUGCCGAUCCGGAUGAUUGUUCCGGAUGCCAUUCCUUCCCCCUUAUGGUUGCUACACAUAAUGGGCAUAAGGAAGUAGUGAGAUUGUUACUUGAAUACGGGGCAGACACCGAAGUUGAGGAUGGAGACGAAGGAACCCCUCUUCAUAUAGCCUGCAAGCUAGGGUAUAUGGAAAUUGUUGAGUUACUACUUGACAAGGGUGCCAACAUUGAUGCGAAAGAUGAGUAUGGAAAUGUUGGGACUCCCUUCCAGGUUGCAUUUGGUGAGGGGCAUAGUGACAUCGUAAAGCUCCUGAUGGCACGAGGCGCGGAUAUAAAUGGCUCGGAAGGCCAGUAUGGUAAUGCUCUUUGUACUGCUUUGUUACAAGGGAAUAAAGGGCUCGCUCAAGAAUUGCUGGACAACGGGGCGGAUAUUGAGAGGGAGGAUAGUACCGACGGUACACCCCUCCAAGCUGCGUGUUUCUAUGGAGAGGAGGAUAUGGUCCAGCUGCUCUUGGAUCGGGGUGCUAAUGUAAAUGGCGUGGACAGAGAGAUGCGAACUGCUCUUCACACCGCCUGUUCAGAGGCUAAUGAGAGGAUUGUGGAAAUCCUGCUUGCGAGGGGAGUCGAUAUCAAUAUAGACGGGAGCGAUUCCUCACUACUUGAAGCAGCCUGCAAGGGUUGUAAUGAUAGUAUUGUGAAACGUCUCCUAGACAAAUAUAUUGAUCUCAAUGCCCCAAGGGAGCUGUAUAAUCAGGCUCUUCUCACGGCUUCUGGGUGCCAAAGUGGAAGUAUCGUGCGGAUCCUUCUGGAUCGCGGGGCAGAUGUUAAUGCCCUUACGCGAUAUUCAACACCUCUGGUGAAUGCCUGCAGUUACGGUAAAGAGGAAAUUGUGCGAUUACUUCUCGGAUAUGGAGCAGAUCCUGAUCUUCAUACACAGUUGGAAACCCCCCUGGCCGCCUCUUGUGGCCGAGGCCACUAUGCGAUUACACAAGCACUUAUUGACUCUGGUGCCGAUGUCAAUAUUAGGGUCCAUGGUAAAACUGCUUUGGAAAAAGCCAUUCACUGUGGGAAAGCAGAAAUAAUACGGCUUUUGCUGGAGAAAGGCGUGGAUGCUCUUGCUUGUAAAAGCGCUCUCAGGUGCGCCUCAGCUGAAGGAAACCUAGAAUUUGUCAAAAUACUGCUUCAUCACGGAACAACUUUUAAUACAGAAGAUUGUGCUGCACUCUUCGAUGCUUCAGCGGGUGGUCAUCAUGAAGUAGUGCGACAAUUGCUUGAUAAAGGUGCCAAUCCCAAUUCCACAGGAAGGAUUGCCUAUACAGAUGGAAGGGCUAUUGACGGCAAUGCUCUCUAUAUUGCAAGCAAGAACGGCCACACUCGUGUUGUCCAGCACCUCCUUGACCGAGGGGCUGAUCUCAAUGUUAUCUACGGAGCCCAUGGCAAUGCCCUGUUUGUCGCCACACUUGCAUCUCAUUCUUCUGUUGUCGAGAAGCUUCUAGACUACGGUGCAAACCCCGAUAUUGGCGGUGUUCCCGAUUGGAUCUAUGGCUACAAAAAAUACCCAAGCGCUCUAUAUGCUGCAUGCGCAAAUGGAAACCGAAGAGUUGUAGACAUGUUGCUUAGUCACAGAGCUAAUCCGCACGCUGUCUAUGAGGGCUACGGAAAUGUGCUCUUUGUUGCUUGCUUUAAUCGUGACGUGGACAUAGUCCGAACACUGAUCAAGUACCGGGUUGAUAUGAAUGUAGGUGGAUUUGACACCCAUAGAUCAGGCAUUGAUCUAGCAAAUGCCCUCCAGGCUGCGUCAGCGUGGGGAUCUGAUGAUAUUAUUCACAUGUUACUUGAUAAUGGUGCUGAUAUUAACACCAAGGGGGGAUAUUAUGGCACUGCCCUUCAAGUGGCUUGUGCGAUGGGUCGGGAGAGCAAAGUAAUAUUGCUACUCGACAGAGGAGCUGAUAUCAACGCACAAUGCGGCCAUUAUGGUAACGCUGUGCAGGCAGCUCUUGGGGAGUGCGAGACACGGUUGGCGAAAAUUUUGCUCAGACGGGGUGCUUUUAUAGACCCAGAUGGACCGGGAUAUAAAAAUGCUUUCCGAUGCGCAAUCCCACAGUGGAAGACAGCACAAGAGGCACUCCAGAUACUAAAGACCAAAGCAUACUUUAUGCCAAAGGGACAGAAAAGACGCUACUCAGACAUUGCACCACUAGUUUCUAGAUAGAGCUGCACGAGGUCGGGUUUUUGAUAAGCCUCCCCGACCCGUAGGUUCGCCGCUACUACUGCUUAAUCAGCGGUGACAGUUUUUCCAUUGCCAACCACCAAUACCCCAUCUCGGCCAUCUACCCAAGUUCUCCCCGACAAAGAGCCUCAGAAAAUAUGAUACGGUCAA